UGUUUCCAUGGUCAGCUCCUUAAAAUUAACAGCCGAUUGAAAGCAACCCAAAUUGCUCCGUUCUACAGACACUGGGCUCUAGAGAGCGUACACGCACACGCUUCGUCAAUGGACGAUUUCAGAUCCAGGUCUUAUGGCGAUGGAAGAAUGCAAAUACAGAGCUACCAUGGUCAGGGUGCUGUGUGUCCCACUUCUUCAUCAGCUGUCAGUAACAUGCAAGAUCUCAGAUGUUACAGUGCCUCCUAUGCAUCCUCCGUUUACCCUCCCCAAUCCCAGACCCAAACCCAGAUGGGCAAUAACGAUGCUCGGUUCAAAAAGGGCAAGUCUACAAAUGGGUCUGUUUCCAAGAGCUGGAGUUUCAAUGAUGCGGAGCUGCAACGAAAGAAGAGAGUCGCUAGCUAUAAGGUUUACACUGUAGAAGGGAAAGUUAAAGGCUCUUUCAAGAAGAGUUUUAGGUGGCUUAAGGACAGGUACACUAGAGUUGUUAACGGAUGGUGGUGACUGCUGAAUCGACCUCUGCUCUGUUGUUAUCUUCUCUUUUUAUGUUUUUUUUUUUUUUUUUUUUUUUCUAAAUUGUGUACUGUAUGAAAGUUCUUAAAUUUAAUUGUGAAAAUGAAUAAUUUUUAGAUCUCCUUUGUGCAUUAA